AUGGUUUUCCAAGUCAAUGUGCCAAUUGGCGAGGCAAAGAAGGGAGAGACUGCUCCAAGAAGAUACUACAAGUCAAAGGAUGCUGUGGUUACCCGUCCAGUUGGAUAUGAAUGUAGCACAGUGUACGAGUUCUUCAACGAGGCACUACAGAAGCACGGAGCAAACAAAAAAUGUCAAGCAUGGAGAGAUCUGAAGAACGUCCACUAUGAAACCAAACAGGUUAAGAAGUUUGUUGAUGGUGCUGAGAAGCUGGUGGACAAGGAGUGGGUUUACUACGAGCUUUCCGAUUACAAGCACGUCACGAACGGUCAAAUGAGCGAGAUUGUUUCGGACUUCGGUAAGGGACUUGUCAGUCUUGGCGUUCAGCCAGCCGGUGUUGACAAACUGCACAUUUUUGCAUCUACGAGCCCUAAAUGGAUGAGAGCAUUCAUAGCCGCACAAACUCAGGCCAUUCCUGUGGUCACUGCAUAUGACACUUUAGGUGAGGAUGGACUGACCCACUCUAUGGUGGAAACAGCUACUUCUGUCGUUUUCACCGACAAUAAUUUGCUGUUUAAGCUCAUUAAUCCAAUCAAGAAAGCAAAGGAUAUCAAGUACAUUGUCCACAGCGACCCAAUUGAUCCUAAUGACAAGCGUGGAAACGGUAGACUUUAUGAGGAAGCCAAGAAGGCUGCUGAAAAAAUUCUGGAAGUCAGACCGGACAUCAAGAUUUACUCCUAUGAUGACGUCAUCGCUCUUGGCAAAAAAGCACACGACAUCCCUCACCACCCUCCAAAGCCAGAGGAUCUGUCAUGUAUCAUGUACACUUCUGGUUCCACCGGUACUCCAAAGGGUGUCGUUUUGAGCCAUGCCAAUAUUGUUGCAGGUAUUGGAGGAGUUGCCCUUGUCAUUGAUGAUAAGACUAUCUCUGAGAACGAUGUGGUUAUCACUUUCUUGCCAUUGGCUCACAUAUUUGAGCUUGUCUUUGAGCUCCUCUGCUUCUACUGGGGCUCUGUUGCUGGCUAUGCCAAUGUGAAGACUCUCACUGACGCGUCUACCAAGAACUGUGAGGGUGAUAUUAAAACCUUGAAGCCUACUAUCAUGGUCGGUGUUGCUGCCGUUUGGGAGAGUGUCAAGAAAGGUAUUUUGGCGCAGAUUGAAAAACAACCAUCGACAAGACAGAAAAUGUUUUGGGCGGCCUAUAACACCAAACUUGCAUGUAAAAAAUUCUCGAUUCCUGGUGUCCCAUCAUUGAUCGAUAACGUCAUUUUCAAGAAGAUCAAGAAUGCAACUGGAGGAAACCUGAGACUGAUAUUGAAUGGUGGAUCACCAAUUUCGCAGUCGACCCAGGUCUUUAUCAGCAACACAAUUGCACCACUUCUACUCGGAUACGGUCUUACCGAAACUGUCGCAAACACCUGUGUUACCGAUCCAAAUCAUUUCGAGUAUGGUGUUUGUGGUUCUUUGGUCGGUUCCAUCACUGUCAAACUGAUUGAUGUCCCUGAGGCUGGCUAUUUUGCCAAGAACAAUCAGGGUGAGGUUUUGAUUAGCGGUACUCCUGUCACGAAAGAGUACUUCAAAAACUCUAAGGAGACAGAGAGUGCUUUCAAUUAUGAGGAAGGGUGGUUUUCAACAGGUGAUAUUGGUGAAUGGACUUCUAACGGUCAAUUGAAGCUGAUCGACAGAAAGAAGAACCUUGUCAAGACACAAAACGGAGAGUAUAUUGCCCUUGAAAAACUGGAGUCAGUCUACAGAUCCAAUAAUCUCGUCCUGAACAUUUGCUGCUAUGCUGACGAAAACAAGGUGAAGCCUAUUGCCAUCGUCGUUCCAAACGAGAAUUUGUUGAAAGAUCUCUGUGUCAAGCUUGGUAUUGUCAAGUCUAAGGACGAAGUUCACUUGUCUGAAGUGGUCACCAACAAGAAGCUCGCAAACGAGUAUACCAAGAGCCUGGUUGAGACUGGUAAAUCCCAAGGACUCGCAGGUAUUGAGCUUAUUCAGGGUACUGUUCUGGUUGAUGAGGAAUGGACUCCCGAAAGCGGAUUUGUAACCAGCGCACAAAAGCUGAAGAGAAAGGAUAUUCUUAACAGUGUUCGUUCUCGCGUUGACGAACUUUAUGCCUCCUCUUAG